AUGGUACAUAGUACUUUACCUUUGAGAGACAAAGUACUUGAUGAAAGUUUGCAAAAUCGCCUGGCUUUGUGUAUCCGACAACAGUACACAAUCAGCAUUAGAUUAACACCCCCAAUUGGUAUGAGAAUUCAAAGCCCUGGAAAUGGUGAUCAAGACAUGUUCACCGGUAAAACGAAAAGAAUAUACGGGGAACAAGUAAGGAUACUUAGAGAUAAAGAUGUAAUUGUUGAACCCGGCCGACCUGUUGGCCCUCUGCUGGUCAGUGACGUCACCAAUACGAGCGUGACACUUUCCUGGAAUCCGCCUGAGUACCUGGGCGGUGGCACUCUCACCUGUUACAUCAUAGAAGCCAGGCUGAUCACGUGCGCUGAUAUUAUUAAAAACAUCGAGAUAGCGGACGCCGAUCAGACCACCUACGUAGUGGACAACCUAGAAACCAACAAGGUGUACGUGUUCCGAGUGUAUGCGGAAAAUGAGACCGGAAUGGGCGACGCUCUCAUCCUCAGAACACCUGUCCGGGUCAAGGAGUUCAUCGGUGAGUACUGCUUGCGGCUCCUGACAUUCGGCUGUUAG